AUGCAGCAGAAAUACAAGCUAGCGAUUGUAUCUGGUGGGAAGGUAUCAAUUUCCAGGGCCGAAAAUCGGUCAAGUACUCAUAAGAUUGUUGUUUCUCUUACCCACGAUGAGGAUAAUUUUAUUGUACCGUUUAAUAACCAAUUAAAGAUAUACUCUAUAGAAACAAGGCAGUGUGUUAAGACGUUAAAGUUUUCCAAUAAUAGUGUUUUGAAUGAGAUAUUUUGUACUGAUGAUAGAGUAUCGGUAAUGCACAUAGCACUAGGCGAUGUUUCUAUGGAAGAUGAUUCGCAGACUAAAGACAAAAUUACUCUUUUUUCUAGUAAUAAUCAUGUUAUUGUAAUUAACUAUAAGGGUAAGUUGGUUGAUGAACCUAAACAUUGGAAGUUAGAAUUUCCCAACCCCGAGGAGAGCGUUUUUAAGGUUUUUACUGAUGAUAAUGGAAGAACGACAAAAUUGUGUACGGUUUUUGAGAACUCCUCUUCUACCUAUACUUAUAACAUUUACUCAUACAGUUCAGGAGAGGUUGAGCAUAUCAAGAGUUACGAAGGUGUGUUGCUUUCUACAUGGUCCAAAAAUGAUAGGUAUAUUGGGUUUCUGAUUAAAGGCGAGAACGGGAAGAAACAGGUUAUUCUGGAAUCCUUACAAGAUAAAAACUUCACUAAGACUUUCCCUCUUCCAUUGGUUAAUGCUUCUAGUUCAAAAAAUGCCCAUUUUGUAACAAGCAUGGCUUUGGAUGGAACUGGUGAACAGCUAGCACUAGGUUUUGCCUCUGGUGUCAUUUCCCUUGUUAACACAGGUGAUUUUUCUACCAGGUUGCUAAAGUGGCACAUAGAUUCCGUACUUUCCAUGUCUUUUAAUGUUGAUGGUUCAUAUCUGUUAUCUGGUGGUUGGGAAAAGGUUGUAAGCUUCUGGCAAUUGUCCACGAACAGACAGCAGUUCUUGCCUCGUUUAAACGGUACGAUAAUCGAUUGCUCUGUCGUUCACGAGAAGUACUUUUCCUUGGCCUUGCAGAUGACUCAGAACGUAACUAAUGCUGAUUACCAAGUGUUGUUGAUGAAAUUUACUGACUUGCAUUCGCGGUUAGCUAUAAAUGGUCCACUGCCAGUAUUUAAAUCUGCGGUUAAGGAUGCUAUUCAGCCUAUAUCGGCAAUGAACACUAAAGCUUCCAUUUCAGGUUCCAAAUUGCAUCAGUCGAAGAAAAAGCGCGAUAGAAAACUAAAACGGAAGAAGCAGGAUUACACUGUCUUUUUCGCUAUCCAUCCCGUCACGAAACAUCUUUAUUUUCCACAUAAAUCCGCUUUGCAAGCUAUGGACUUUUAUAAGAACGAACAAGUCUCAUAUCAAUACCUGUCUUUGGGCAUUAAUAAUGCAAUGGGUAAGGUUAGAGGCGAACUUAACUUAAAGGAUCCAGAAAUUCAACAAGUGCAUUUCACUUCCGAUGGAAAAUGGAUGGUUACCUAUGAAGUUGAGUAUCCUCCAGAGGGCCUUUUAUCAUCGAACGAUAACUCCCACAUUUUGAAGUUCUGGAUUUUAGACGAUACCAACGAAUGGCAGCUAAAGACAAAAGUUUUAAAUCCCCAUUCAGUCAAUGUUCCAAUUACAAGUAUUACUAUGGCACCAGUGUCGAUAAAUGCAUCAUAUGGCUGUAUAACUGCAGACAACAACGGUGGUCUAAAGUAUUGGUCAUUCAACUCAAAAGAGAAGAACUGGUGUCUGACGAAAAUGGCACUACCAAACUUUAGUCAUUAUAGCAAUAACGUCUCUGUUGUCUGGUCUCGCGAUGGCUCUUUGAUUUUCCAUGCAUUUGAUGAUAAACUCUCCAUUAUAGAUUUCACAACUUUUGGCAAGUUUGAGCCAGAGGACAGCAAGAGGUUGGAGACAAUAGCGCUUGAUUCAGCUGUACAAUGUGUGAAAUUAGUUAACGAUACCAUGUUGGUAAUUGUUACGAAGACUGUCCUGAACUUUUUAAACCUACUUUCUGGACAGCUAGUAAGCAGCUUUGAUCUUUAUCCCUAUAUCAAUGGCAUGUAUAAACCUGGUUGCCUUUCAAGAUUAAUAAGUUGCGAUGAAAAGAAUGGGACACUUGCAUUGGUAAUAAAUAAGCAAAAGACAGAUCAGGAAGAUAAUGCAACAGCAAGUUAUGAAUCGAAGGUUUUGGUUUUCAAUGCUAAUGUACCUAGGUUAAUCGCAACGUUUUCACACAAUGAAUAUAUCUCCUGUAUUGCAUGGAACCAUAACACAGACUUCAUUUUUAUUGACAUUCAAUGUAAGCUUGGAUUGGUUAGUACUACUACAAGUUUUGAAAUGUUAGAUGAACUGAAUAACGAGGGUGCAUUUGAUGGGUUGCUAGUUGGCAAGAGUGACUUCGAGGAACAGCUAAGAAAUCUCUCGAAACAAAAUGAAAGAAACCUUCCUACUGACGACAAUGAAGAAGCAGAAAUUGAGUUUAUCAAUAGCCAAACUACUAAUAAAGUGAUAAACAUGAACAGCUUCACCAGCAUGUUUGAAAACAUCGAUAAUAUUCAGCUCGACACCCUGUUUGAUCGUGUUAUGAGGGUAUUAUCAUAA